GCAGAUCAGUCCCAGGUUCUGAUCCAAAAGUAGUAGUGAAAACCCAUCAUCAUGUUUAGGCUGGUGGUUAUUUCCGUCCUGGCGAGCAUCGCCACGGUGCAAUGUGGAACUAUUCUCACGCCCGUUAUCGGUAAGCUCCUUUCUGAGAAGGUCAUCGAGGCGCACGGUAGCAACGUGGUGCACCCGGCAUCGGCACCGCUGGUGGCCGCGGCUUCACCCACGCUGCUGAAAUACGCGGACGUCGCUCUGGUCCAGCAACCGGUCGCCGAGAUUGUGCAACCGGUGGCGAAGACCUCCCUGAUCGCCGAGAAGACGAUCGAGGCCCACGGACACCAAGUGAUCCAUGACGCGCGUCCGCUGAUCGCGGUGGCUAAACCUCUGGCAGCCAUCGAAUCGCACGUCGCGGUACCUGCGAUUGCCGCUCGCGAAAUAGCGUACGCGGCGCCGUACUAUUCAGCGUAUUACUCGGCGUAUCCUCAUCAACUGGUCGCCGAGAAGACCAUAUCCAGUUACGGGCAUAGCAUUCAACAUGCGUAAUAAUCACCAGACGCAAUAUCAAAGUAUACAGAUAGUAACUCUAAAGAGCACGCAUGGAUUUACAGAAUAAAAUCUGAGUGAGUUAAUUCUUUCGUGUGGAACACUGCACUAAUUGUAAAGUAAAAUACAUGAUCCAUGUUUGAAAAUAUUUUGUCAAAAGAAGCAAUUAUUUUUGAAAACAGAAAAUUAUUUUCUAUUUUAGAAAUUCUAUAAAUUUCAGAAAUUUAAAGAGACUGUCGAUCCCUGUUGUGUUCGUUAGGGUUAGAGGCUCAUCUUUUAUGCCAGCUUUUGCUCGUAGUCGGAAAACUGCUUGUCCGAAACAAUCAUCAUUCUCGAUCACUUUGGCAACGACGUUGUCCUCGUAGAUCACUCUAAGAACUAUCCCAAGUUCGAGAACCAUGUCGUUCGCGUGACUCGACAAACGGAUCGAAACUGGCAGUCUUUGGCCUGGGAAAGAGGCCGGUCAAUCACGUUUGUCAACAUUUGUCAACAUAAAAAAAACAUUGUAUACGUUAACUUGACUCGAUGUAAAUUUCUCAAUAAAUUUUCAUGCAUUUUCAUACGUA